GAGUAUCUAUCUACUGGUGCUCUGUUCUGCAGCAGCGCAGAAGUUGACGAUCGAAAUGGUCUCUCCCCGUUGUCUCCUACCUCCUCUCCUCUUAGUCCAUUUCGUUCACUCUGAGCUCCAUGCUGUGCUAUGUGUAGUUGCAUUGCCAGCAUGUCAAUUCUUCACUCAUGGCCGGGCUUGUGUAUGUGCAGAGCUCGCUGGUCAAGGUCGGGACGUGGGGCGGGGACGCCGGGAUCCCCCUCGACAUCACGGUGGCGCCGCAGCGGCUCGAGAGUAUAAAGCUCCGCUGGGGCAAGGUCAUCGACUGGAUCGCCUUCUCCUACCGGGACCGGGAGAAGCAGCUGCACACGGCCGGUCCCUGGGGCGGCAACGGAAAAGGAGAGGGCGACGAGGAGAUCAUCCUCGACGCUUCCGAGUACGUGACGGAGAUCGCCGGAACUGUGGGCCCGAUCGGGGACUUCACCCAUACCAUCAGCUCGCUCAAGUUCGUCACCAACCGUGCCAAUUACGGGCCAUUCGGCCGCGGCGCCGGGACGCCGUUCAACGUUCCGGUGCUCAACAAUGGCAGCAUCGUCGGCAUGUUCGCCCGCGCCGGAGAUUUUCUCGACGCCAUCGGCUUCUACAUCCUCCCGUCUGAAUCCGGCGACCAGCCAAACAGACCAACUGAUGAUGCCGCUCCAGUCAGUCAGAUCCAGUGAUUCAUGGUUUGCUGCCAAUUGCUGUUUUUCUUACCACAUGUAAUAUAAUUUGCUGCAAAAAGUCCGGGAUCAUAGUAUGCGCUGAUGUGUGGUGUUCCAAUGCGCGGGGUUCUUCGUUCGUUCAAUUUUCACCUGUUGUUCUGCCGUGGAUUACACGCACUUCGAAUAAAAUUGUGAAGAGGAUUUUCGUUUC